AUGUGGAGACUUGCAAACGUCCUUGCCUGCUUGCUGAUGAUAGGUGAACACGUAUGGGCUCAAAAUAAGAUUUUCGGAGAGACAGAACACGUAAAGAUGAUGUCGGAGGGUUCGGACUGCCGCUGUAAGUGCAUUAUGAGGCCACUGACGCGUGACGCGUGUGCACGACUGCGCAGUGGCACCGUCCGUGUGGAGGAUUUUUACACUGUGGAGACGGUGAGCUCAGGCUCUGACUGCAAGUGCUCCUGCACCGCGCCUCCUUCCUCCCUCAACCCGUGUGAGAAUGAGUGGAAGAUGGAGAAACUGAAGAAACAGGCUCCAGAACUACUCAAGCUGCAGUCCAUGGUUGACCUCCUGGAAGGGACUUUGUACAGCAUGGAUCUGAUGAAAGUUCACUCCUACAUCAGUAAAGUUGUUACCCAGAUGAACAACCUGGAGGAGACCAUCAAAACCAACCUGACGCGGGAGAAUGACUUUGUGAGGGACAGUGUCACCUCUCUGUCCAAUCAGCUGAAACGAUAUGAGAACUACUCUGACAUCAUGAUCAGUAUUAAGAAGGAACUGUCCAGCCUGGGUCUGCAGUUGCUUCAGAAAGACUCUACAGCGCCCACCAACAGCAAAGCUCAGGACACAGUGGAAGGGAAGACCAAAGACGUCAACAAGUAUCCUGCCAAGAAGGCAGAGAAAGCCAAACCACCACCCAAACCAGUUAAGGAAAAACCUACCAAACCCAAAAAGGAAAGUCCAAAGCUCGCCAGACCAGACUCCACAGCAAAGACCAAAGCAGCGGGAAAUCAGCCAGGAGUUAUCAGAGGCAUCACCUAUUACAAAGCCACUAAGACAGACGACACAGAGCCCUCCAACGGCAAAGGUAAGCCCGGUGAACCUGAUACAGUUCUUGAGGUUGAGGAGCCUACCACCAUGCCUGUCACCACCCCUGCAGAGACUAUAACAACAGUUACCACAACAACAACGACAACCAGCACUACAAAGCCAACCAUCACAACCCUGACCACCUCCGCCAGCACCAAGGCUCCAGAAGUAAAGGAACACCCUGCCCCAACUAUUGUCCUUCUGCUUGACAACUCAGACAACAGCAACCGCACAGCAAAAGAUAAGACGGCAAAGGAAGUGGAUUGUGAUGGGACCAUUGCCUCUGUGGAGUUGCCUGUUAAACAGCACAGUUAUGGUCGCAACGAAGGAGCCUGGAUGAGAGACCCUACAGCAAAGGACUCAAAGAUCUAUGUUACCAACUAUUACUAUGGCAACAACCUGGUGGAGUUUCGCAACCUAGACAAUUUCAAACAAGGACGCUGGAGCAACUUGUAUAAACUUCCGUACAACUGGAUCGGGACCGGACACGUGGUCUACAAAGGUGCUUUCUACUACAAUCGGGCUUUCACCAAGAAUAUUAUCAAAUAUGAUCUAAGGAUGCGCUAUGUGGCAGCUUGGACCCUUCUCCAUGAUGUAGUAUACGAAGACACCACACCCUGGAAGUGGAGGGGACACUCAGACAUCGACUUCGCCGUCGAUGAGAGUGGUCUCUGGGUGAUUUAUCCGUCCGUGGACUACGACUAUGCCCAGCAGGAGGUGAUCGUGAUCAGCAAGCUGGAUCCUGGUGACCUGUCCAUCAGGAAAGAAACUACCUGGAAAACUGGUCUGAAGAGGAACUCGUACGGCAACUGUUUCAUCGCCUGUGGUGUGCUCUACGCCGUGGACGUUUACAACCAGCGCGAGGGCGAGAUUUCUUAUGCAUACGACACUCACACGGGCACAGAAGCUUCCCCUCGCCUGCCCUUUAUUAACGAGUAUGCUUUCACAACACAGAUUGACUAUAAUCCCAAAGAGAAGGUCUUGUAUGCCUGGGACAAUGGCCACCAGCUCACAUAUAAAAUUCAUUUUGUUGAACAGGAUCAGAAGUAA